CAACCAAUACAAGAAAUAAAAGAAUCAGAGGGAGUUGACAAGGUGGAAAUUUAUGGCCUUUUCUUUUAUCAUAUUUAAACAAUCGAUACAUGAACAUUGACACAUCCUUUAAUCUCCCAUUCAUUGUACACUGGGUUGUAUUGUAAAGAUAUUGAUUUCAUUCGAAUAGACAAUUUAGGAGAACAUAACAAAAUGUUAACGGAUGUUGAUGUUGCAAAAGAUGAUUUUUCCUCAGUACGACGAGUGACUCCACAUUCCAUUGAUGCUAUUCUGAAAUCUGAGAAGCCAAGAGUAGAAGAGACUCAAGACGGAGAUCGAACCAACAGCAGAGUCAAGCCCCCACACACGGACAGAACUGAGAACGGGGAAUUAGGGACAAGUACAUCGCCACCAGACUCCCCGCACAUGCCAGACACGAUUUCUAUUUCUGAAACUACGCUGAAACGAAAAUCCAGUUCACCAGAACCAGAUAUGAAUAUGGAUUCUCACAAAAAGAGGAGAUUCCGGACUACUUUUACUGCUGAUCAGCUAAAAUCAUUGGAAAACGUCUUCCGGGUCACACACUACCCAGAUGUCAAUUCCAGGGAGGAGCUGUCACACAAAACAGGUCUCCCAGAGGCCAGGGUACAGAUCUGGUUCCAAAACAGAAGAGCAAAGUGGAGGAAAUAUGAAAAGCUCGGUAACUUUGGCGGUCUGCAAGACCUGAAAGAAGUGAAUUAUGUUCCUGCCCCUAAAACCGCGACUUUCAGAGCCGACGGCACACCCUUGCCACUCCAGGUACCAAUACCAAAGAUGUACGAUGCUACAAAGAAAGAACCCGUUAGUGACGAUGAUGAAGCCACGCCCCUUAAUCUAACAAAAACCCAUGUGCCUUACUUCCCAUCCACAUUUCCGUUCUAUGGAAUGAAUCCCUUUGCAUAUGCAGCUACCUUGUCCAUUUUUGGAAAAUAUGGUUCACCAUUUCCAGAUCCAUCUCAACGCACAGGAAGUAUUACGUCACUCCGACUGAAAGCACGUGAGCACGAAGCAGCCCUGGGAAUGCAAAUUCCAUUCAAAUAGCAACGGAUUUUUAACUUCACAUUUUAUACACCCCUCCAUAUUUUUCCGAUGUUUGCCACAUGGGAGGCUAUUGUCUUCAUUUAGAUAUGCAGUUUUAUAUUUCAUAAAUUAUCUGUGAUAUACAUUAUAUACACAUAAACAAUUGUACCAUGUACAUGAAGCGUUUGGGUGUAAAAUAAAACACCGGAUGAUUCAUUUUGUGAAUGAAUUGAGAGCUUGCAUACCGAGAGCUGAACAAAUGAAAGUAUGUGCAGCCAUGUUCUGUAUAUAUAUGUGUAUGUAAUGACAAUUCAACUACAAUAUUUUAUUCAUAUUUUUAUUGUUUUUUAAUUUUUGCUAUAAUUACAUAAAUAUUACUGAAUGUUUGAAUACUUGUAUUCUUGAAUGAUCACUGAAAUGUUCUUUUCCUGUCUAUGGUGUCUUCUCUGUGGGGUGAUUAGAACUGGCCCGGGGGCUCAGGGGUCUGGGAGGAGGAGAGGCGUGGUCACUCACUUUGGUUCCUGUGUCACCGUUCCUUAUUUGUUGUUCUUCCCGCAACAACUGUAUGGGUGACACAAAAUAAAUGUAAGCAUGAUCUAUACAACACGCAUAAUAUUUCCCUUAACUUCGCAAGAUUUCGAACUCUUAGAAAUGAUGUUUUGUUUCCAGGUAUAAUAUAUCGAUUGCUAUUAUAUUUUCUUUUUGCAUAUAAAUCGACAAUUCGGACCUUUUAUCUAUAUUAUAGUACAUGUAAUCGGGGGAAAGGUGAGAUUAUGCUCAGUUACAGACGUCAGUUGCAGGUUUUUCUUGAUUUUUAACAUUUUGAUAUCACGUGCUUUCCCUAUGAAAUUCUGUACUUUUCACAAUAUGUCUUGUAAGUUUUACCCGAUUCCUGAUUCGUUUGUUGGCGGCAGCUAUUUGUUCCUUGUGAACAUCGUAUGGAUCCAGGUGCUUAUUCCUCCAGUAUUGGGGAAACUUUUCGAUCUUGGCCAUAUAUUUUUGAUUGACCUGAAAUAAAUGAUCACUUCCGUAUAUAAAACGAGACCUAUCUUUUCCUGAGAAUACAUGUAUGUAUCAUUGUCACGGAAUUCUGAUAAAUGUCUCUCAAUGUUUAGAUUGACAAAUUCAAUAAUGCGAGCUAGCGUUUGUUAUAGCUCUCUGGGAAAUAUCGGGAAAGACGUGGUCUGUUCCAAUAUUUUCCCCAGAGAGCCACAGAUCUGAGGAGAGCACUGUUAAUAAUCACACGUUGCAGAUAUUUUCCUAUUUUGAUAGUUGUGAAAUUUUAAGAUUUUUUCACAAUUUCAAUUAUAUAUAUAUAUAUUUUUUUUUUUUUUUACAAAAACUAUGUUGAAAUGUAGAUAAAAAGCGACGCUGGCUUUUGAAAAAAAUGCCUUUUUCGGUUUAUCCUGCAUAAGCGCGGGUAAAUUUGAGAUCAGUAUGAAUGGUUUCAUAAUUGGCUGAUGCAUGUAAAUUCUUGAGAACGGAAUUUUGUAUGAAUUUGUAUGAAUCUUUUGUAAAAUAAAAAAGAGAGUUUGACACAUUUAUUUGUUCCCAUUUUAUCAUGAAAAUCAAAUCGAACUAUAGAUUCAACCUUGGCUUAUAUUAAGAUGAAUAUGAAAGUUGCCUCGUACAUGAUUUGUAUGAAUCUUUUGUAAAAUAAAAAAAAAAGAGUUUU